AUGGCCGCACACGAUCCCAAGCCCAGUGCGGGCCUGCAUCCAAACCUGCGCGAGGGACCAUACUACGCCCCCGGGUCGCAAAAUGAGCGCGGCUUGUGGCGAUCCAAGCAGUGGAUCUAUCUUGGACCCGUCAUUGCGGCGCCAAUGACCCAUAUCUGCGUCACGCUGUAUCGCAAAACACCGCCCAAUCGCCGCAAGUUGAUGAUUUGGGGUGGCAUUGUGGGUACCACGGUCCUAGCCGUGGCCAACCGCCUCUUCCUAAUGCACCACAGUAUGGGUAACGCGACCACCACCCUCAACGUUGUCAACAGCACGGCUUGGCAAGCCACGAUCACGGGCCAGACCGUCUCGAUCAACCCCGACACGCCUUUGGGCCCGCCCCAUGUCGCCACCGUUCCCCCGGGUGGCCAAACUGUCAUGAAGAUUGAGCGUCACCAGCCAGGCGAUGUCCGCUGCAAUCUCCUCAUCAACUUUAGCAAUGGAUCCUACUCCACCAAGCGCAUGAAUGUCAAGCCUGAGGAUGUGACCCGCACCCUGCAGCUGACCAACAGCGCCGUGAUCCUGGAUGGCGAGUCCAUCCCCAUCGAGCGCGGCAACCCUCCGGCUCACCACCAUCAUCCUCACCCUCAUCCUCAUCCUCAUCCUCAUCCUCAUCCUCAGCCCCCGCACCACCAGCCCCACAUGCCCCCACCGGGGCCGUUCAACCCGGUGGCGCCUCCAGCGCAUGGCCAUCAUCCCCACCCUCACCCCGCGCCUCCAGCGCAUGGCCUGACCCCUGUCUCAGCCCACAUGCUGCCCCGUGGUCGUCGCAUUCGUCUGACUUCCGUCAUUACGGGCCAGAACAUGCGCAUCAAGAAGGACCACACGGUCGAUGCGCGUGGUGGCAUGGGCCAGUUUGCCACCUUUGAGAUCGAUCCCUCCCCCGAAGGUUUCCUUCGCUUGCGCAACGUUGCCGAUCCUUCUCGCUACUUGGCCAUCAAGAACGAUCAGCUGACCUCGGGGACUGGCGGCAAGUUUUGCCACCUGGCCGCCUUCACCAUCUCCCCGGGCAUUUACUGCCUCAAGACCCUCGAAGGCAACGAGACGGUGGGCUUCAACCAGGACGGUGCCCCAGCUGAGCCCCGCCACGUUAAGAACGGUCCCCGUGCUCAGUUCCGCAUCGAGUUUUGCUAGAUUAAAGAUAUCUGGCAUUUGGUGUUCCCAAUUAUACCAUCCGAUGCGCUUGUCCUUUUUUUUUUUUCUGAUCCAAUCAGGCCAUUGAUUUCUCUGGCCCCAUUGUGUUCCCCCUUGCCUUGUGUCCCCGUCAUUUUCUUGUUUUUUUGGUUUUUUCUGUCUUUUUUUUUGGAGCUUGUGGUUGUUGCUGUUGCUACUGCAAGGUUGUGGUUGUUACUGUUGCUACUGCUGCUCGCUCGUGUGUGCUUGUUCAAUCAGUGAAUGAUUGCAAAUUGAUGAAUGUUGGGUUC